AUGAUAUGCUUCACUGUUGUUGAUCAAUUCUUUUCGACAAAUCAUCGUUUCAAUUUAAGACAAAUAUGCACAUUGAAAUUAGGUCGUUAUUUUGCGUUUAUAUUCAUGUGUUUUGCAAUCAUUCAUGGCAUUGUAAUGGGGUCUUCUUUUGAUAUUCAACCAACAAUGGGAUGUGUCUUAUCGAAUCAUGUCUGGGUUCAGUAUUCAACAUUUUUCUAUUAUCCAAUUUUAGUUGGUUUCCUACCUGUUGCAAUUGCAUCAUUAUUUAGUAUCCUAGCUUAUCAUAAUGUUCGUCGUAUAGUUCGACGACAACUGCCAAUUGUUCGUCGUAAAUUAGAUAAACAAAUAACAGCAAUGGUUCUUAUGCGUGUAAUAGCCUUUGUUUGUUUGACACUACCUUAUAAUACUUAUCGUAUCUAUGCUAUUAAUUUUCCUAUAUCACAAAGUAUGCCUAUAGCAUAUACAAUUGGUCGAUUAAUUCAAGCAAUUCUUCUUUCUUUCUACAUUAUAAAUUAUAUAAUCAGCUUUUAUAUCUUUAUAAUAUUCUCAUCACGUUUCCGUCGUCAAGUAAAACUUGUUCUAGUAAAAAAAUGUUGGCAACGAUGGAAAUAUUGGUGUUGCUCCAUAAAUAAUCAGAUUGAACCUGACAACAUUCCUGAAACACGCAAUUCACAAGCAGAAUCUGAAGAAAAUAUCUAA